AUGGAGCCCAACGCCACCUUCCCUGGGGGGCUCCCGGGGGCCCCCGCGCGCCUGCUCCGAGCGGCCUUGGCGGGGCUCUGCGGGCUGGUCCUGCUGGCGGGGCUGCCGGCCAACGGCCUCCUGCUGCUGGUGCUGGGCCGGGGCCCGGGCUCCCCACGCCCGCUGCUCGCCCUGACCAACGGCCUCAUGGUGAACGUCGCGCUCUCCGACCUGCUCUUCCUGGGCUGCGUGGUGCCCGUGCAGCUGCUGAGCUUCCUGCGCCACGACUGGUGGCUGGGCCCCACGGUCUGCACGGCCAGCCAGGCCAUCAACACGGCCACCAUGUUCUGCACCUUCUACAGCAUGGUGGCCACGGCCCUUCUGCGCCACGCGGCUGUGGCCUGGCCCGGCGCCGCCCUCCCUGCCGGCCGGGGUGCCCGCCUGCUGCUCUGUGGGGCCAUGUGGGUCCUGGGUCUCACCGCAUCCUUGCCCAACUGGCUGUUCCAGCGGGUGACCGUGGAGCCACAGGCCGUGGGGGCGCCCGGGGCCCAGGCCUGCCUCCUGCUGCUCAGCCCGGCUCGGGCCUCGCGCUACUUCGCCCUGCUGGGGGCGCUGGCCUUCCUGCCCUGCGCGUGGGGCCUGGGCUGCGCCUUUGGCCACGUGGGCUGGCUCCUGCGGACCCGGCCGCGGGGUCCCCCGGGGGAGAGCGUCCGGGAGCACCGCGAGAACACAGGGCUCGUCCUCCUGGUGCUGCUGGUUUUCCUGCUGAUGUGGGGGCCCUGCUCCGUGCUGGGCUAUGUGGCGGCCACCGGCCGCCUGCCCGACACACCGGUGACCUUCGUGGCCUCCAGCCUCUGCACCCUCCUGGCCUACUCCAACUGCGCCGUCAGCCCGCUCCUCUGCUUGUGCCUCUCACGCCCCUUCCGCGCAGGGCUCAGGGAUCUUUGCCGCAGGCGUCCCAGGGGCGUGGGAGGGGCUGCUGCAGGGAGGGACAGCACCCAGCCUGGGCGCUCAGAGCCCCGGGAAGCCCAGAGGGAUCUCAGCCGAGAGACUGCUGGGAGGGUUGAGGUUCAGGGGCAAUGGGGGGAGCCCAGCUCUUCCAUCCACCAGUAG